AUGAAAUUGCAGCAACCAGAAGACAAGGAGAUGCUGGUGCCGCAAUCGGAUUUAGUUGAAGUUUUUUCAAAUGUGUACCGGCAACAGCCGACAAUGCUGGAGCUGUGGAUAAUCAGGCUAAUGAAGACCCACAACCGUCAUGCUAUGUUUGGACUAUUAUUGAAUACAAAGGAGCAUUAUUCAGAUGUCUUCGUUGUUGGGGGUUAUAAAUGGCGGGUGCUUAUUUUUCCGAAAGGAAAUAAUGUGGACCACUUGUCGAUGUAUUUAGAUGUGGCUGAUUCAGCUACCUUGCCAUAUGGAUGGAAUAGAUUUGCACAGUUCAGCUUGGCUGUCGUUAAUCAAGUCUAUACCAAUUAUUCAAUUAAAAAGGACACACAGCACCAGUUCGAUCGAAGGGAGAGCGAAUGGGGUUUCACAUCUUUCAUGCCUCUUAGUGAGCUGUAUGACCCCAACAAGGGAUACCUUGUGAAUGAUACUUGUAUUGUCGAAGCUCAUGUUGCUGUACCCAUUGCCAUGGACUACUGGACCUAUGAUUCAAAGAAGGAGACUGGUUAUGUUGGACUUAAGAAUCAGGGGGCAACGUGUUACAUGAACUCACUGCUCCAGACUUUGUACCAUAUUCCCUACUUCCGGAAGGCUGUGUAUCAUAUGCCAACAACAGAGAAUGACAACCCUACCAGGAGUAUCCCUUUGGCUUUGCAAAGUCUGUUUUAUAAGCUCCAAUAUAAUGACACCACUGUGUCUACGAAAGAGCUGACUAAGUCAUUUCGGUGGGACACAAUCGAUUCAUUUAUGAAACAUGAUGUGCAAGAAGUUAAUAGAGUUCUAUGUGAAAAGCUUGAAGACAAGAUGAAGGGAACUGUUGUUGAGGGGACUAUUCAAAAGUUGUUUGAAGGCCAUCAUAUGAAUUACAUUGAAUGUUUUAAUGUGGACUUCAAAUCUACAAGAAAAGAGUCAUUUUAUGACCUUCAACUUGAUGUUAAAGGAUGCAAGGAUGUCUAUGCUUCAUUUGACAAGUAUGUGGAAGUAGAACGCCUACAAGGAGACAAUAAAUACCAUGCUGAGGAUCAUGGUUUACAGGAUGCUAAGAAGGGUGUGUUGUUCAUUGAUUUUCCUCCAGUUCUUCAGCUUCAAUUAAAGCGAUUUGAGUAUGAUUUUAUGAGAGGUACAAUGGUUAAGUUUCCAUUGGAACUUGACCUUGAUAGAGAUAAUGGGAAGUAUUUGUCACCAGAAGCAGAUAGGAGUGUACGAAACCUUUACAUGCUUCACAGUGUUUUGGUUCAUAGUGAUGGGGUGCAUGGUGGAUAUUAUUAUGCUUUUAUCAGGCCAACACUCACUGAUCAAUGGUACCAAUUUGAUGAUGACAGGGUCACUAAAGAAGAUGUAAAAAGAGCACUAGAAGAGCAGUAUGGCGGUAAAGAGGAGUUGUCGCAGGCGAAUCCCGGCUACAACAACAAUCCGUUCGAAUUUAUGAAGUACUCUAAUGCUUACAUGCUUGUGUAUAUACGAAUGAGUGACAAGGACAAAAUAAUCUGUGAGGUGGAUGAGAAGGACAUUGCAGAGCACCUUAGGAUGAGACUGAAAAAGGAACAGGAAGAGAAGGAAGAUAAGAGAAGAUACAAAGCACAGGCCCAUCUCUACACUAUUAUCAAGGUUGCUCGUGAUGAAGAUUUGAAGGAACAGAUUGGAAAGGAUAUAUAUUUUGAUCUAGUUGAUCAUGAUAAAGUCCGUAACUUCCGAAUCCAAACACAGACGCCUUUUAACCAUUUCAAGGAAGAGGUUGCCAAAGAAUUCGGGAUUCCUGUCCAAUACCAGCGCUUCUGGAUAUGGGCAAAAGGACGGAACCAUACAUACCGUCCAAACCGUCCUUUGACUCUGGAGGAGGAAGCACAAAUGGUUGGAGCAUUGAGGAAACUUUCCAAUAAGGCCCACAACGCAGAGCUGAAGUUGUUCUUGGAAGUUGAGCAUGGACAGGAUUUACUUCCAGUUUGUCCUCCAGAAAAAACUAAGGAAGAUAUGCUGCUGUUUUUUAAGCUUUAUGAUCCAAUUAAAGAAGAGCUCAGGUACGUUGGGAAGCUUUUGGUGAAAAGUUAUGACAAGCCGAUUGAGAUCCUCGCAAACCUGAAUGAAUUAGCAGGAUUUGCUCCUGAUGAAGAGAUUGAACUCUUUGAGGAAAUAAAAUUUGAGCCACGUCUUAUGUGUGUAUCCCUUGAUAAAGGAUCUUCAUUUAGAUUAAACGAGAUUGAAGAUGGGGACAUUAUUUGGUUCCAGAAACAGCUUUCACCUGAAAGUGAGAUGCAAUUCCGAUUCCCAGACGUGCCUUUUUUUAUGCAUUAUGUGAAAAAUCGCCAGGUAGUGCAUUUCCGAGCUUUGGAGAAGCCCAAGGAAGAUGAGUUCUGCCUAGAGUUAGCAAAGGUUGACUCGUAUGAUAAUGUUGUGGAAAGAGUUGCUCAGCACCUUGGCUUGCGUGACCCACCUAAAAUCCGGCUUACUCCUCAUAAUUGCUAUUCUCAGCAACCAAAGCCAAAUCCUAUCAAAUACAGAGCAGUUGAUCAAUUGUUAGACAUGCUUGUCCACUAUAAUCAGAUUUCGGAUAUACUUUAUUAUGAGGUGCUCGACAUUCCUCUGCCAAAAUUGCAGCGCCUGAAAACACUGAAAAUUGCCUUCUAUCAUGCCACAAAGGAUGAGAUUAUAAUCCUCAAUUUUAGAUUACCCAAGCUAAGCACUGUUGGGGAUGUUCUGAAUGAAAUUAAAACGAAGGUUGAGUUGUCUCAUCCAAAUGCUGAACUUAGGUUGCUUGAAGUUUUCUAUCACAAGAUUUAUAAGAUCUUUCCUCUCCACGAGAAGAUCGAAAACAUAAAUGACCAAUAUUGGACUCUGCGUGCUGAAGAGAUUCCAGAAGAAGAAAAAAACUUGGGCUCAAAUGAUUGCCUGAUUCAUGUGUACCAUUUUACAAAGGAUAGUGCACAGAAUCAAGUGCAAAUCCAGAAUUUUGGGGAGCCAUUCUUUUUGGUACUCCAUGAAGGCGAAACAUUAGCCGAGGUUAAAGCACGGAUUCAGAAGAAAUUGCAAGUUUCAGAUGACGAGUUUUCAAAGUGGAAGUUUGCCUUUUUGUCUUUGGGACGUCCGGAGUAUCUCGAGGAUUCUGAUGUUGUCUCCAGUCGUUUCCAGUGUUGUGCUAUGAGUCCUGAGAAGUUGCUUGGUGGUGUGCAGAAAGUUCACAUUCACGACCAGAUCAAAUUUCAAGAUGUACAAGCAGUUCGUCACUUCAUUGAGAACAAGCGUGGCUGUAAG